UCUCGCAGGCCUGCCUGCUCCGCCUCCACCACCGGUUCCAGGCGCUGGACAGGAACAACAAGGGCUACCUGAGCCGCGUGGAUCUCCAGCAGAUUGGGGCGCUGGCCGUGAACCCCCUGGGGGACCGCAUCAUAGACAGCUUCUUCCCGGACGGGAAUCACCAGCUGGAUUUCCCAGGCUUUGUCCGGGUCCUUGCUCAUUUCCGACCUGUAGAUGAGGAGGACCCAGGAGUGCGAGACCCCAAGCAACCCGAACCCCUCAACAGCAGGAUGAACAAACUCCGCUUUGCGUUUCAGCUGUACGACCUGGACCGGGAUGGGAAGAUCUCCAGGAACGAGAUGCUGCAGGUUCUCCGCCUGAUGGUGGGGGUCCAGGUGACUGAGGAACAGCUGGAGAGCAUCGCGGACCGCACGGUGCAGGAGGCGGACGAGGACGGAGACGGCGCCGUGUCCUUCCUGGAGUUCACCAAGUCCUUAGAGAAGAUGAACAUCGAGCAAAAGAUGAGCAUCCGGAUCCUGAAGUGACCCACCUGUGCCUCCGGCGAGGUCGCGCCAGCCGGCAUCCGCUGGGGAGUCAUCCGGGCCACUCGUGGAGGCGGGACCCGCUUUCACUGCAUUCUUCUAAACCAAGCUCUGCUUAGGCCAAGAAGAGCAAGCAGGACGGCUGUGAACCAAAGCUUAGCUCAUUUGACCUCAGGUCUCAGAAUCAGCCAGCUGUCUUCGGUUGCAAAUGACUGAAAGUCCGUCUCACCUUGAUUUAAGGGAAAAAAGGGACUUGAAUGGCUCAGCUAAUUAAAAAGUCUGGAAGUAGCUGUCUUCAGGCACCCAUGAUGUUAUCAGGACUCAGCUUUCUCAGCUGCACCUCCCAGCUUAGUUUUCUCCUGUGCCGGCUUCAUCCUCAGGAGGGAGGGCUUCUUCCUCACGGCUGAGAGGGGCACCGGUGACUCCAGGGAGGGGAUUUCCUUAUUGCUGUAGUUCCAAGCAGAGUGCUAUCGCCCAGCUGGGCUCUUGCCCUGUCUCCCGGGGAGUGGAAUGCUCCAACUGGCCAGGCCUGAGGCAUGUACUAGCUCCUAGGAAAGGUGGUCUGCGGACUCAGGAGGGGGUGAGAGGAGGCCGCCUGAGGAAAAAUGAAGUACUGCUAUCAGGAGGACGGGGAAUUUGUGUGUGUGUCUGUGUGCUGUUUUUUCUCAGGCAAAACGAGAGAUACCCGUUCUUGUUUGGUUGACCGCAUGGAGGACCCUGGAAAUCUGGCUUCUAACUGGUGUUUCUUGAUCCCGUGGAGGCAUGAUAGGUGGUGAGGGUUGGUGAUGGGGGAGAUGAUGUGAAAAUAAUAAACAGUACAUACCUUCCUAA